CCCGGAGCCUGGGCGGAGAGGGAGGAAAACUUCCUGGCCUGGGCUCCGGGGCUGCUCUGUUUGCCAACCCUCCAAUCCCGCCUACCCGUGCACAGCGCUUCCCCACCCCUCUCCCGGCACCCCCAGUGUCCGCCAUGGCCAAAGCCUACGACCACCUCUUCAAGUUGCUGCUGAUCGGGGACUCAGGGGUGGGCAAGACUUGUCUGAUCAUUCGCUUUGCAGAGGACAACUUCAACAACACUUACAUCUCCACCAUCGGAAUUGAUUUCAAGAUCCGCACUGUGGAUAUAGAGGGGAAAAAGAUCAAACUGCAAGUCUGGGACACAGCUGGCCAAGAGCGAUUCAAGACGAUAACUACUGCCUAUUACCGUGGAGCCAUGGGCAUUAUCCUAGUAUAUGACAUCACAGAUGAGAAAUCCUUCGAGAAUAUUCAGAACUGGAUGAAGAGCAUCAAAGAGAAUGCCUCGGCUGGGGUAGAGCGCCUCUUACUGGGGAACAAGUGUGAUAUGGAGGCCAAGAGGAAGGUCCAGAAGGAGCAGGCCGAUAAGUUGGCUCGGGAGCAUGGAAUCCGAUUUUUCGAGACAAGUGCUAAAUCCAGCGUGAAUGUAGAUGAGGCUUUCAGUUCCCUGGCCCGGGACAUCUUACUCAAGUCAGGAGGCCGGAGAUCAGGAAACAGCAACAAGCCCCCCAGCACUGACCUGAAAACUUGUGACAAGAAGAACACCAACAAAUGCUCCCUGGGCUGAGGACUCCCCUUCUGCCUAUCCGCCCUAAGCCUGGAGGCUGAACCUGAGGGAGGCAGGGCUAAGGGGCCGGGCAGGGGAGAAGUAGCACGUGGGGCUUGGAGGGAUAGAGAUGGGUAGAUGGUGGAAGAAUGGGGAGAAUAUGGAGAAGAAAAAAAGGAAGGAGCGAGUAGGAAAGAGGAAAAGAAGGAGGUAGACUAGAGAGGGAAGGAGAGGCAAGAAGGGAAAGAAUUGAGAAAGUGAAAGAAGGUGAAAAGGAGGUAGGAAGAGAGGGAGGAGGAAAGGAAGGAUCGAUGGCCCUAAGCCUCAGACCUUCUCUGGGUUUCCAGGGCAAAUAUAAAUGUAAAUAAAUAAUUGAUUUAUUCUGUUACUGGAGCAGGCUUUAGGGUCCUAUGAGAGGCUGGCUCAGCACCACCGUCUGAAGGUUUGGUCCUAUCCUGUCACUCUGCAUGGUCUUUCUCAGUAUUAAAGGCCACCAUUUGCACAAAUGUCCCUGGUUUGGGUAACUUUCAUCAUUGUCGGAAUUGCUCUCUACUCAUAAACCUAAUUCUUGUCUCUC